GGAGGAGAGGAGAAUGGACCGACGUCAGUUAGUUAGUGAGUGGGAGUGUGCGUGUGCGUGCGUGCGUGUGUGUGUGUGUGUGUGUCCUGCAGAGAGGAAGCAGGCUCAGUGACUGAGCGGUAGGAGAGAGAGCAGGACUCACCCCCGGGAAGAGACGAUGCGUUUAAAAAACAAAGGAACAGAUUCCUCUUCACUCGCUGCUGCACAAACCUGCACACACCGACUGACCGUCUCCUCUUCAGAUGAAACCAUGGCUGAGGGGAGCUGCUUUGGUGCAUUGUAGUUGUUUAGGAUGACCAGAGCUGAAUCUUGCGUCACAGAGGGAGAGGGGCACAGCGAAGAAGAAAGAAUCGGUGGAGGAGGGAAAACAUCUGCUCGGAGAGGAUAAGAUCAGCAGCCCAUCUGGAUCUGAACAGGGAACCUACUGGACCUCUCUCUGUGGAAGGAAAGGAAUUUCCGUCACUUCUGAGGAGCUGUAACAGACUUUAAAAGUUUUAUUUUUCUCAAUCACUGGUUGUUGCCGUUUCAAGAGGGGUCAGCGUCAUGUGCCAUGUCAUUGUAACGUGCCGCUCCAUGCUCUGGACACUGCUCAGUAUUGUGGUGGCCUUUGCUGAGCUCAUCGCCUUCAUGAGUCCUGAUUGGCUGCUGGGUGUCCCCCGCUCUGACUUCAGUGUGAGUGGUGCGGGAGUGGAUUCUGGGGAGUACCGGCCGUCGCUCGGUCUCUACAGCCGCUGCCUGCAGGUCAGGGCGCGGGGGGUGAGCUGUGGGCCCUACGCCGGGACGUUUGGGGAAGUGGCCAGUGGCUUCUGGAAGGCUGCCAUGUUGUUUCUGGCUGCAGGGACGUUGGUGCUGGGGUGCGUGGCCUUUGUCUCCAUCUUCAGCUUGUGUUUUCAGAGCAUCCUGAAGAAGAGCAUAUUCAACAUCUGUGGGCUGCUCCAGGCUAUUGCAGGCCUGCUGCUGAUGGUGGGCCUCAUGCUGUACCCUGCCGGUUGGGGUUCAGAGAAGGUCAUCAGCUACUGUGGCUCUGAGGCCUCACCCUUCAGGCCGGCUCUGUGCUCGCUCGGCUGGGCAUUCUACGCUGCGAUAGGAGGAACGCUGGCAACCUUCCUAUGCUCCGUUCUGUCCGCGCAGGCUGAGAUCGCCACCUCCAGCGAUAAGGUUCAGGAGGAGAUCGAGGAGGGGAAGAGUCUGAUAUGCCUGCUCUGAGCCUUCAGCAUCGUUGGGACGACAUCCUUCGCUGUAAUAGAGUGACUGUCCUCGCGAAUCAGCUGAUUGUUGAAAAGAGGAAAGGCUUGGUAACAGCUUUUCAAAAUAUUAGGUGGUGUACUCACUUGCUGAAGCCUACCCGAGGCCAAGAACGUCACCCAUAUGCUUAUUCUGUGUUUUCUUUUUUCGUUUUUUGUUUAUUUUUUACCAAGAUACUGUUUAUUUUUGUAAUAAUUCUCGCCUUAAACAAACCACUGUACUAGAAUAGCAGGAGAUACGCAUGUGCUGUUGUGGACAGGUUCAACACUGCUGCCAGUAAAACAGUGUGUAGGAUUGUAAAGUCAUUAAAAUGUUCAUUUACACGGUUCACCUGUAAACCUCAACAAACCACUGAAUACUAGCAGAUGUGCCCACGACAGAAAACCCCCAACAAUGUGUGUGUGUGUUUGUGUGUGU